GUUACAAACAUUGCAGGAACUGAUACCUAAGGAAAAUAAUGGCGACUGUUUACCUACAUGUAUCUGCUGCCAGGAACUGGAAGAAGGCAAUGCCGACGGCGUGUACGCAGGCAAGUUACCCAGCUUCGAAGAUAUAGUUCUACAAGUUGCAUCACAUCAAUGGAAAUAAGCACAAGGAAAGUAAAUAUCAACACGCUAUUAGAGGCAGUAUUAAGAUAGGGAUUUAAAUACAUCAGAUUUGCCUGACACUAAAAUAGUUUCAUUAGAAAGAAAACAACUUUGGAGAGACCUAUCUGCAGUGAGUGGUAAGCAAUGACAAUCUUCACUGAAUAUCUACGUCUGCUCAUCAAUAGCUACUUAUUUGUAAACGGAAAGCACAAUUAUCACUGUUCCAGAGAAUAGGAAAAACCAAGUUUGUCCUUUGCCGCCUUCAGCACAUCAGCUGUGACUGAUGGUCACCAUGACAUCAAAAGCAGUGUUUAAGUGUCAUCCAAGCUCUCAUCACUUUGAUGAGAGGCAUAUAAGACUAACCGAGCCUGUGAAGAUUGGCCGCUCGGUGGCAAAGGCUCGCCCGACCCUGGACAAUGGAAUAUUCGACUGCAAGGUCCUCUCCCGUAACCAUGCACUCAUCUGGUAUGACUUUGAUCUUUUAAAGUUCUUCUUACAAGACACAAAGAGUAGCAAUGGAACCUUUGUCAAUAACAAUCGCCUUAGCAGAGGGUCAGAGGAAAGCCCUGCCCAUGAGAUCUGUUCUGGAGACAUCAUCCAGUUUGGAGUGGAUGUCAUGGAAAACUCCAGGAGAGGAGUCGUUACCCAUGGAUGUAUUGUAGCUCAACUAUCACUUUUCCACCAAGACGGCACAGAGGCAACAAGAAGUGAUUCUAGCUUGGUUGUGCCACCAGGUUUUAAUGGUCAGUCAGUACAAGGCAACAACAAUGUUCCAUCUCAAGAACUCUACCAACUAUCCCACUACCUCAAGGAAGCACUUCAUAGAGAACAGAUGCUGGAGCAGAAGCUGGUUGCGCUACAGAGAUUGGUAUCGUCUACGCAGGAGGCAACUGACAGUAGCUGGCAGGCUCUCAUUGAUGAGGAUAGGUUACUCUCCAGGCUAGAGGUGGUAGAGAAUCAACUCAGGGCUUACUCUAAGGCAAACACAGAAGAGAGCAUAAGGAAGGAACUUAUAGCACUACAAGAAGACAAGUCCAACUAUGAAAAGACUGUCAAAGAUUCAUUGAAGAAGGCUCUCGAGGAAAAGCUAGAAGCAUGCAGGAAAGUAGCAGAUACAGAGCGUAUGCUGAGCAACUCGGAAGACGAGUGUGCACACGUAAGGGAGGAGCUGGAGAACCUGAAGCAGGAACAAGACAUGCUCCUGGAGAAGUAUUCCCAGCUGGAGAAGGACAGCCAGGAGCUGCUGCAGAAGAUGAAUGAGACAGACCGGCUCAACGAGGAGGAGCUGGAGAGGAUGAAGGAGGAGCAGAACGAGGUCCAGGGUAGGCUCAUUGCCCUGCAGAUGACGGAGAGUGCUCUGGGGGCCAGGGCAGAGGAGCUCCAGGCGGAGAAUGACUUCAUCAAGGACCAACUCCUCUCAACCAAAGAACGUCUUGAGGAAGCGCAGGAAGCUCUGAAGCGAGUCGGUAGCUCACAGACAGAAGCUGAUGUAAGUGAUCAAGACCAGGAGGAGAAGGAGGAGGAUGAAAAAGAAGCUCCGUCAGAGGAAGAUAAAGAAGGGGAACCAGCUAAACGUAAAGCAGGGCCUGGGGAAGGUGAUGAGAUUCCGGUGCAUCAUAUAUCCUUAUUAACGAACGGUGAUGACAGGACGCCUACACGAGAGUCUGGUGUUCAGGUGGAGUCCUUGUGGAGGGAGGCAACUAAAAAGGAAAUGAAUGGCAGGGUUACAGAUACAACAGAUGGUGCUAUGAUGGAUUCAGUGAAGACUUUAAAGAAUACAGCAGAGGAAUCUGUUCUAAGAGAAGUCACCAGAAAGAAAUUCGAACUGGAAGAAGCAGAACAGAGGAUAGCAGAGAGCAACAAGAUGAUAGUCGGUCUAAAGAAUGAACUAAGCCAAGCCCACCAGGAACUACAGAAACAUAGUCAAGAAAUCAACUCACUGGAGCUGCGGCUGCAAGACACAGAAGAGCACACCAGGGCGGCUGUGGAGGAGGCCGUUGCAGAACUCAGGGAGAGGUUAUCCCCACAGGUUGGCUUUGAUAGCCAGGACAAUGAUUCAGAAACCUCUAGCAUACAAACAUUAGUUGAAGAAGAUAUGAUAAUGGUUAAGGAACAAGAAAGGCAGCUUGCAGCCGCGCCAGGUGGAGGUAUAUUGUCAUCGAAAGAGUCGUCGUCAUCAGCGACGUCUUUGAAUACCUCGGGUGAUAGUGAUGGUCGACUUCAAAAUCAUGUACAAGAUGAAACCACAAACUCCUCAGGCUUAAAUGAAACUCUGCUAGAAAUUGACACCUUGAAAGAUGAACUUCAUACGUUGAGACAGAAGUACAGUCAGCUAGCUACGGAGAAUGAAUCCCUCGGCAAACAAUUAGAGACCGCUCAUCAGGAGGCCAAAGUAGCCACAGACAAUGCAACCACCUUGAAAGGUAAUUUGGAAGAAGCAGAAAAAUCAUCUAGUUCAGUAAAGGCCCAGUUACCGUCAUUACAAGAGAAAUUGAGGAAGGAAUCUGGGCUUGUACAGCAUCAUCGUCAGGAAAUUGAAGGCUUACAAAAAAAUUUGGCAGAAGCUACUCAAUCAGCCAGCAGUAGUAAAACAGAGCUGUUACAAUGCAAAGAUAAAAUCAUUACCCUCUCAGGAGACCUGAAAAAAGAAAAACAAGUGAGACAACAAGUUGAUAUAAAGCAAGUUGCCCAAAUAGCCACACUUCAAGCAGAAUUGGACAAAGAGAGGAAGGGGAAAGCUGUACUAGAAAGGCAAAUUCUACAACUGCAGAAAAGGAUAGCAGAACUUGAAGAGUUGGAAAAGCAAAGAAUGAUACGAAAAACCAAAGAUCCUCUAGAUAAGGCAACCUCUCCUUCUGACGAUGGUGAUUUGAAGUCAGCCGUGUCAUCUUUGGAAGCUGAUCUGGAAAGUUCAAGGCAGGAGAGGAACAAAUUAAAGGAAGAAGUCACCAAACUUCAAAAACUUCUCUCUGAGUCUGAAUCUGGUAUGAGGAGAAUAGCUGACUCAAAUUCAGAUGCUUCUACUACAGAGACCGUAGACUUCACAGCAGAAAAGGAGAACCUACAAAGACAAUUGACCAAAGCCAAUGAGGAGGUUGAGCGACUUCAAGCCAGUCCUAGUGCUAACUAUCCAGACGUGGACCUACUGAAGCAGCGUUUAGAGACUGUUACUCAAGAGUUGAACAGAGCAAAUGAUAAUAAUGCAAUGGUCCAGAUGAAAUGGCUGCCUGUGUGUGUGAUAGGAAUAGCCAUCAUAGCAGCUGUGUUCCAGACUUUCCUAGCCAUGCGAGUAGAGGUAUGACGUCCAGUCCGUAUAUGCAAACAUAUCCACCCACAGCCCGCUGGCAAGCAGUCAAUGCCGUACUCCGUGGUCCUGCCUGCCAUGUACCAUAUCCGAAGAGUCUUACUCCCGUCUGCAAGUCAUUUUCUUUGUAUGACAGGUGGAGUAUGCCCCUGUUGAGAUAAGACCAAUGUUCUGUCCACGCUACAGUCUUCUGUGUAGUCUAAGCGUCAAUCUCCUAUGAACUACUUGUCCGUCAUAGUUGGUUGUUCUUAUAUUGAACUUUCACUAUUGUUCACUCUUGUCCACUUUUAUAAUGAUAGAGAAUUUGUCCUCAUUUUGAAGAUUUAGAAUCGUCUUCAAAACAUAUUGAGCUACAUUUAUUGAAAUAUAUGAUCGUACUUCAUCUAUGUGAUCUUGUGUGGUAUUCUGAAAAUGAUUUCAUCUUUACUUUAGGGACGAAUAUUUUAAUUGACAAAACAAAUUUAAACUUGUGGCAUAUCAUUGGUUGAUGACUGCACAUACAUGUAGGUGAUGCAGAACACAAUCGCAAAAAAAUUAAUUAAACAGUUUUUUGUUUUUGUUGUUGUGACAAUUAAAUUCAUUUAACUAGAAUAAAUAUGAAAUUAUUGCCACACAUGUCUUCACACUUUCCAUUCUGUAUGUUACUUUCUGUGUUAUGAUAUGAAUGAGUGGAAUGGUUCGCUAUGAUUUAAUAUUAACGGGAAAACUACCUUUUGACUUAAUGAUCGGGGUUGAGCGUUGGUGCAUAGAUAAUAUCACAUUUCUCUGUGUAGCAAGCAAAGGAGUUUCAUCAACCCAUGAUGGCAAGAUUUUUCCAUGAAGGAUAUUAUUGGUAAUUGUUAGAUGUAUUCAGCACUUUUUCAUGCAAUGUUAACGCUUGUCUAAAUCCAGGGUGGUUGAAUAGGUAAUAUCAGUGUAUAACUCCUGGUAAUCCCUAUAGUGAUUCUCUCUGAUGCAAAACCAAAUCUUUUUUUUACAGGUUGAAACACAUUCCAAUUUGACCCCUUUCAGUUGUGGAAUUAUGGAACUUCUGAGUAAAAUAUGAUUGUAAUGUUUGGCUCGAUGAUGAUGUCUUUAUCUGUAGGUGUGCUCGCAUAGGCAUCAGGCACGCUCACAUGUGGUACAGUUUGAAUGCCAAGUCCAUCGCAAAAUAGUUCAUGUGUAGCUUUUCACACCAUGUAACAUUUGCAGCGAUACUGAUGAUGUAAAACCAAAUGAUGCACCCAUAUGUGAAAGUACAUUGUGAAUGUGGGAUGUACCGAAUCUAAGGGUGUUCCACCCAUUAAAAUUAACUUUGAUCUAACAAAUCAUUGAGUUUUCAAUCAGUCAAACCGAUGUGAGGAUUGGUUUUUACUUUUAAGUCUUGUUAAAACACCCACAAUCUCCCUCAUGUGCUUUUUAAAAGAUAUCUUCAGGGCAUAUAAUAUGAUAGACUUUUACACUAGCUUGCAAAGAAAGCUAUUUUUCGUGUGUAGCCAUUAUAGAACUAUGUUUGUGUAUUAACUAACAGUAUUUUCCUAUUUUCCUAUUUCCUAUUUAUAAACUUAAAUGUAGAUCAGUGAUGUAAUGUACACAGUCUGUUCUAGUAAAGGGGGAAAUGAGCACAGUCUCGAUAUGUAACACUUUUGUAAAUCAUACUACUUUUUAGUGCAUUAUACCUCACUAUAAGACCUUAAAUUAAUGUUAGUAUGUUUGUUUGGGUUCAAUCAUACCCAAGUUAGUUUAUUUUGGUGCCAAAUGAAAAGUAGCUCAACAGUAUUUUCUAUAGGAGUACCACCAUGUGGCAUCUAAAGUGUAAAUCUAUAAAGUGUGAUGUAAAUUGGCAACUUUCAAGAAAUUGGGCGAUGCACACAAAAAAUGUGAUGCUGUAAGCAGAUUGUUCAUCGUUGUGUCGAAUGUAAGUUAAGGGUGAAUUCAAAAGGCUGCACCUCAUGAUAUGUUUUGCGUAUUUGAUGUUUGUUUUUAAUUUGCAGAGCUCAAUGUAUAUCGGUAUGUGUUUUCUGUACAUUUUUAAGUUUGAAUAGCUUUUGAGACAGUUCUUUUCAUAUAUAAGGUGCUAUGAGUGAGCGAGUAGUUCCACUUGGUUCUUUUGCAUGUAGUUUAGUGUGUGCAUCUUGGAUUUUGUGAUGUCAAAAAUUCUUUUUGUUAUGCCUUCUCAAGUUCUCAAUAGUCAAAGAACUGUGCUACUUCAACUGUUUCUUGUGACACCCAUCUAGCAAAAUAUCACAAACCCACUGUGAAAAAUGGUUUGCUUAGUUCAAGAGAAAUAUUGGAAAACUAAUUGGUGUAACAAAGCAUUACUUGGUAAACAUCUUUGUGUGUUGAGUGGAUUACCACCACAUUGAGAUUAUGAGUGAAUCACGAGCCCACUUCUAAAUAAACAGUCGACCUGAUCAUGUGAAAUAAUAAUGCUAUGAGUGUUUGGAUGUCAUGAAGUGUGUAUGUAUUGUAAAAAGUACUGAAAUUUGCAUAGUGUCUAAGAUUAAUAUAUAUUUUCAGAUUUCUGUGUGUUUCAUCUCAAAUUCUUGAACUGUAAAAUCAAAUAAAAUCCAGUUGUACAGAUAGUUAGAUUUUUUUAAUGAAAUAAAGCAAUUUGGGAUUUACCAGUUUGUUUCUAAAUGAUGUAUUUAGAAAUGGUAAUUAUCCAUUGAUAUGUAUUGCGAUCAAUGGUCAGUGUUUCAAGUGACUGAAUAAAAGGUUGGUUGAAUGAAUAAUUAAGCAAAUUUAAUUGAAAAGCAAACGGACCUGUAUUGAAAAUCUAAACUUUCUUUGUGUUUGUCAUCUUCUAUGCAGUGUUAUAUAAAGGGUAGCCAUUGUAGAGAGUGUUGAUAGUUUGGACAUAGUCAGCUCUGAGUUGACUAUAGUAUCAAAAAUGCUUAAAGAUGUCAUUGGAAUAUCACAUUGAUGCACAAAGACCUCUAAAUUAUAGACUAGUAUAUCUUUCAAAUGCUAUUAGCAAAAUAAGCACAGAAAUGUGAUGACUUUCAUAGAUCAUGGCACAAUAACCCUUUCCCAAGAUUAAUGUAUUAUCAGUAUUUGUUUCUGUUAUAUCAGAAAUAGUGUUGGUGAUGGCUGUUUUCAUGGCAAGAUGUUUUUAAAAAAUUGUUAAAAAAUGAAAAUUGUGAUUCUGUCAUUUCUAGGCAUGGAAAUUUUGCAAAUCUGGACCAUUACAUUAUUCAUGACUUUUUGCCUACAAGACUGCUAGUUUUGAUAUAUGUCCUUCUGUUUCAUUAAUGAUAAAUAUUAGUAUCGUUACUUUCUUUGUUAGACUUUGGAAAUAUGCAGUAAUGCCCUUUGUCUGCAGAUAUAAGCAUGAAUAACCUCAUGAGUUCAUAGAAAAGCAACACUAAUUGGUAUUUCUAUGUAUGCAUCAUAUGUUAGAGGGCUUCAGUUCUUGAUGAAAAUGAAUAUCACCUUGUUUUGAAAGGAGUUUGUGAUUUCACAAUCCAAUUUGAAACAUCCUAGAGUGUUCAAAUAAAAAAAACAUAUAUUUUCCUGUUAAUAAGGUGUAAACAAAUUGACAUUUAAUAUUUAUAUGAUAAUUAAUGCCUAGGAAUGAUUAUCAUGUUGAUUCAUAAGAAUUAAGAAAAAAAUGAAAGCAUAUCUUGAUUUAUGUUUAUAUUUAUUGUUUCUUCAUAACCUGUUUGUAAUUUGUAUUUUAUGUAUAAAGAUGGAAAACAUGUAAAGUACAAAGACAACUAUUCUGAAACGAAUUUGGAAGAACUGAGAUGAUAUUUAUUUCAGUUUUGUGUGAAAGAUAAAGAAGGGGGAAAUAUGGCAAAGUUUGUUGUUACAAGUUGGCCAAAGAUUUGCAAGGUUUAUGCGAGAUAAUGUUCAUAUGCUUUUCUUCAUUGUGAAAAAGAUUUAUGCAGCACUUCUUAGUGAUAGAAAGAUAAUGGAAAAUUGCAAAGAAUUUAAGUUUCUCUUUCAUUCUUUGUGAGGUCUAGAGACCAAGAGAAAGAAACCGUGGCUCUUGUUUUUAGUGGCACAUGUUCAGAUACCAUCUUUGCCCCUGGUUAUGCCAUUUCAUCUACUGUUUCAUUUUUUUGCAUGCUUUUCCUGGAAACCUUGAAGCUUGUUCGAGGUUUGUCAAACAUUGCAACAACAUCGUAUGUAUCACUUUGAUUAUUAUAAAACCAGAAACUUUCACAUGCAUUUAAAGUUUGAAAAUUUCAUUAGUGGUUCAGACUCGCAAAAGUUUCAUGUUUUGAAUUUUUAUCAUUUUACAGUAACAAGAAAUCUGAUUGGAAAUUGAAAUGGCUGAGCGAAAUGUUGUGUCAAUAUUCUUAUUUCAGAGAAAAAGUAUGCAUCAAAAUUGAAUAGAUGAUGAAAAUGGCUUAUUGAAUCAAUGCUACUUGUCUUGAUUCUGACUUCUGUCAAAGUUGAAAUUGUAGCAUUUGGCAGAAAUAUACUUAGGACCUGGUAUGUCAGUGAGGGUCACUUCUGCUACAUGUGUAUUUUUAUGGAGUUUUGAAGUUGACUCUAAAUUAAAUACACUUUUGAGAAGAAAUGAAAAAGAGUUAAGAGAUGCAGCUUCAUAUGAACAUGGAACCGUGAAGUAAGCAUUGUUUAUAUAAGAGUAUGUUAUGUAGGUACUGUUAUCUAUCGGGUCUUUGUAUGGCUUAGAAAGUAAAGAAGAAACAGAUGUUUCUAUCGAUGCGAGAUGAAUAAGAUAGUACUAAUGAAGUUAUGAAAUAAUUAUGGCAUAUUUAUGAUGGUAGAAGGACUCUUCGUAGUCUUACUUUACACAGGGUUCUAGAAAUAUAAAAAAUCAAUCAGUGGAUCAUUUCAUUUAGAAAUGUUUUAUUUCCCCUUUAGCCCUGAGUCAGAAGACUGUAUAAAUUGCAAUACAUUAAUAUUUAUGUUUUCAAAAAGCUGCACUGAGAUGAUUCUAAUCACUUUUGUUAUGUUGAUGCUUUGAUUAGCUAUGUUUGUGACUAUUCAUAUUUCCCUUUUUUUAUAUUCAGCUUUUAUUUAAAAUGUCUAAAAAACUUCAAGAUAAUUAUUGGUUAUGUGUAGAGACAAAGGAAUAAAAAGGGUAAAUUUUCAUUCGCUCAUACAUGUAUAUGUGACUAAGGGAGCUUGUGAGUGAAAACGCCAGAUAAUUGUAAUCUCAUGUCAAGUAGUUUCAUAACUUGUUUAGUCUUCCAGUGUUGUCUCCGUGUGAAAGUAACGAUGUACACAGAGACCAUUUCUUGUUAUAGUGCAGUGCAAGGAAGAAAAAAAAUAUGUUUCAUUCAUAACCAAUAACCAUUAAAUAUUUUCUACACAAA